AUGUAUUCCCACGAGAAUGCCACUGACAAAGCUCACAGGAUACAGGACGAGUGUAUCAAAGCCGACUGGAACUUUUUCGUCACUUGGGAACAGUGGGUGCCACCGAAGUUGUGUCCGAUUCCAGCCACUCAAAACGUGUGGAUCCCUGUGGGUAACCACAACAUUCACAUUCGACCUAACAUUACAACUACAUCUGGCCUGCCUCAAGUCAUGAAAUCCAACGUCUCAAGUAUGCCAUCCAGCCAGCCACAUCCUGAAGGACUUCCCAAGAAACAUUUUGGCAGUGAAGUGUGGACGGUGAACACAACCACUGCAACAUCAUUGGCCGAACCACAAUAUGAAGGCCAAGCCACACCGCCAGCAGCAGGUUCAUAUGACCUUUGUUGGGAUAGCCAAGGAAGUCCACGGAAGAUUAAUUUGGCGCCAAUCCAAGAGCUGGCAGCUACGAAGACUCACACCUUGGAUGUCACCAUGCCCCUGGUGGCCGAUCAAUAUGAUAUGUGUUGGAAUAAUAGUCUGUCUGCGUCGGUGGAUGGAUACAGGGGCAAGUGUCGGUCAUUACCACCAACCAUCACUAACCAUCAUUCAGGCGAUUUCGACAUGUGCUGGGAAGAUUCAACAUCUGGCGGAGAUGGUCACGUUGACAGUGGGUUAGUCGCUGCACCAACCAUCAACAUGGUCAACUUAGCGGGCGACACACCGGUAUUAUAUGAUCUGUGUUUUGACGCAUCCUUGCCGGCCACAUCUCCAGGACCGAGGGAUGACUUGCCAAAUCAGACGGUCGAAGCCGGCGAGGAAUUGCUGCGCCGAGCAAAUGUGAAGCUUGACAGCAUUGACGCUGUUAUCGCAGAUGACCCCGGAGCACAAUCCAUGGAUAUCUUGGAUGCCAACCAGGAUUUAAUUUCAGAUUAUCGGUAUGCUCGCGAUGAAUUCCUCGCGGCCAGCAAUGACAUUGCCAAAAUCAAACAUCUGAUGAACAUGCACCGGCAAAUUGAUGAUCCACUGCAUAUAUUACUACUAGCGAUGAGGAAAAUGGGCCAGGGAGAUUCCCCAAUCCAGUAG